AUGUCGACUAAAGAACUACGUCGUCUUCUCUCUUCUACACUUUCCCAACGUCAAGCUUCUGCCUCUACUUCCACUAAAAUAACGCACCCCUUUGCAAAAUAUGAAAAUAAUAAACUGAGUUGCAUCGUAUGCUCUUCUACCGUCAAAAAUGAUACUAUAUGGAAUGUGCAUCUUAAUAGCGCGGGACAUAAGGAGCAACUGAAAAAGUUGAAAGAGAUCAAAGAAAGAGUGAAAAGGAGUGGUGAAGUUGGUCAGACUACAACAACCAAAGAAACAAAAGAGAGUUUUAGCACGAUAGAUCAAGUCGAGAAGAAGAGACCAGCUAGUAGUUUGGAAAGCACGAAAACGGUAAAAGGUGGGGGAGUAAGGUCUUCAUUGGUUGAAUAUGACGAGGACGAUGACGAUGAAGAGAAAGAAGAGAGCAAACAAGAGGAACCGAAAGUUAAAAGAGUGAAAUUUGCAAUCGAUGAAGAGAAAUCAAGUAUCGCUUUACCUCCCGAUUUCUUUGAUGACUCGGAGCAAAUGGAUUACGAAAUAAAUGAUGAUGAGCAGGUUGAUGAAUUUUCAUCCUCAGAACAACUUGCCUCUUUACAUAUAGAUUCUUCCUCACCUCAAGAAGACGAUACAUCUGAACUUGAGACUAAAACAAAAUCAUCACAAAAAGCCGAGCCCGUUAUUUCCGAGUCUUCCGUAUUACCGGAUGACUUUUUUGAUAAUCCAAAGAAAUCUUUAGGUUCAUCCUCGUCAUCGUUAGGAAAUAACGAGAAAAAUCAAUCGGCAGAAAUUGACGAAGAAGAAUGGCAACUUUUUCAACGGCUCAUUUCUAAAGAAACACAAGUCUCUAAUAAGAUUGCCGAUGCCGAUGAAGAAGAAUUGCAGCGUGAUCGAGAUGAAAUGCAGGAAAGAGAACAAGAAAUCCACUACUUCUUCUAG